AUGUCAAAAAGGGGCGGAAGAGGUAGACGAUGUGGACUAGGUAGACAAGAUGGAGAACGUACUACGCUUUACAACACAACAAAUUCAGGGUUGUUAUCGGGUCAACCCGAUCGGGUUUGUUGUAGUCCUACCCCUGAGAAUGGGUUUUUGAUCAAACCCAUCAAAUAUCAAGCUUUCAACCCUCAUCCAAUAUCAGGCCCAUCUGCAACAAACGUGGUUAUUCAUUUAGAGCGGUCUCAAACAACCGAGCAACAACCUGACCCAAUUUCUGAGACUGAACAAGAACAUGAUACUGAUACUACAAAUGCAAAACGUGGACUAACAUGUGGCAAGGGUGCACGGAAGAUAAUGAAAGCAGCCAAGAAGAGAUUGACAGUGACUUUCAAUUUUAAAACAAGACAGGUAGUAUGUGACAAUGCCUCAACUUUCAUGUACGAGUGUGGCUACAUUUUGCGUAGCAAUUGUAGCUUGCAGUACAAAGAGUGGAGUCAUGUACCAGAAGAAGCUCGGUUACCAUUGCGCCACAAGCUAACUACACUUUUUGACAUUGAUGUGGAGGAUGCGAAUGUUCGCAAAGUUAUCGACAGCCACAUGGAAAGGGCUUGGAAAAACUACAGAUCUCAGUUGCAUGAUUACUUUAAAGGGAUUGGAGGACCAGUUGAUCCAACAAAGGCAAAGGCUACACCCCCUCCAAAUAUGGGUAGCAAAGAUGAUUGGGAGUAUCUUUGUGAUAUGUGGUGUGAGCCAAAAUACAUGGAGACUGCAGAAAAGAGGGUUAUGGCUCGUGGAAAGCGUAAAAUGAAUAAUAGAAAUGGUUCGAAAAGUACAAUACGUUAUCAUAUCGAACGUGGACUUGAUUUGGAUUCUUCAACGGGUCAAAUUGAGACUUGGAGGCUUACACAUUGGGACGACAAAAAAGGGUGGAGAUCUACUGAUGCAGGUGUAAAAUAUGAAGAAAUGAUGAAGCUGAGAAACGAGCAUACAGUAGAAUCAAUGAGCGACAAGUCUAUUCUAGAGAAGGUACUUGGUCGGAGCUCUGUUUGUUUGUCUGGGUGGGGGCGUGAUCCUGUUGUUAUUAGUAACACCACGGGUACUAAUAAGAAUUCAAAUCGCCCUACUUAUGAUGAAUUAGUGGAUGAUACUCAAAAUUUGAAAAGAAGAUGUGCAAUUAUGGAACAAUUGUUGAUUGAGAAAAAUAUCAUGCCUCCUCCUUCAAGUACAUCACCAGGACUAUCUGAAGGUGAUACAUCUGACUUUGAUACAUCUACCCACAUGGACAGUCGCAUGGUGAAAAUAUUAAUGGGUUUGAUCAUAUGGAAUGAAUAUUCAAGAAUGUUUAGUAUUUUCAUUAUUCUCGUAGCUAUUAUAACUAGUCUUUUAGUUAGUUGCUUAAGUAUUUCAGUUUAG